UCACCCAGAUAUCUGCAACAUUUGCUAUUGGCACUCAGCCCAGCCACCUGGACUGGUUCUCCUUUUAUACAGGUGACCUCCAAACAUGGACCUGCGUACCUAGUCAAGCUGCGGAACCCCUGGGGAAGAGUGGAAUGGAAAGGAGACUGGAGUGACAGCUCAAGUAUGUGGGAGCUACUGAGCCUCAAGGAGAAGAUUCUGCUGCUGAGGAAAGAUGAUGAUGGGGAAUUCUGGAUGACACUGCAGGACUUUAAAGCACAUUUCAUGCUUCUGGUCAUCUGUAAACUGAGCCCAGGCCUGCUGAGUCAGGAGGUGGUCCAGAAGUGGUCGUACACCAUGCUGGAGGGGAGAUGGGAAAAAGGGACCACGGCUGGUGGCCCGACAAAGUCACCCCGAGACACAUUUUGGAAGAACCCUAAGUUCCUGCUGUCGGUCUGGAGGCCCCAGGAGGGCAGGAGGUUCCAGAUGCCUUGUAGUGUGCUGGUGUCCCUGCUCCGGAAGCCCAGGCACAGGCACCGCAACAGGAAGCCUCACCUCGCCAUUGGCUUCUACCUCUUCAGGGUAGCUCAGCUCUAUGAUGACCAGAGGAGACUGCCUCCCAAGUUCUUCUGGGAAAAUGCUCCCCUGAAUUGGCCUGAGACGUUUCUCAGAGAGAAGGAGGUGAGUCGGGAGCUGUGGCUGGAGCCUGGGACAUACGUCAUUGUGCCCUGCACAUCUGAGUCCCGCCAGGAGUCUGAGUUCGUCCUCAGAGUCUUCUCCAGGAAGCGCGUCUUUUAUGAAAUUGGCCACAAUUCAAGUGUCGUCUUCCCUAAGGAGACUGUAGACCAAAUGGAGGAGGAUGAAUUCUUCACCCAACUCUUUGAAAAGCAUCCAGAAAUAAAGGCAGUCCAACUGCAGAAGAUCCUGAACCACAUGCCCUGGGCAGGUCUAAGGAGCGAACAGCCUCUCUUCAGCCUCGAGGCCUGCCAGGGGAUCCUGGCCCUACUGGAUCUUAAUGCGUCCGGCACCAUGAGUAUCCAGGAAUUCAGGGACCCAUGGAAGCAGCUGAUGCUCUAUCAGGAGGUUUUCCACAAGCAAGACACUAACUGCUCAGGAUGCCUGAACUGGGCCCAGCUGCGGGCUGCCAUGAGGGACACAGGAAUCGCUCUUAGUGAUGACGUCUGCCAGCUGAUGCUCAUCCGCUACGGUAGCCCUGACCUCCAGAUGGCCUUCGUCAGCUCUGUCCGCUUGAUGCUGCAUGUGGAGAACAUGCAGGACGUCUUCCAAAACUUGACCCAAGAUGGCAAAGGGAUAUACCUCCAGAAGCCAGAAGUAAGACCUUCUCCACGGGGUCGAUUCAUGUCAUCUUAGGGAGCAGUGGCCGUUGCCGGUUCAGGGGCUUGUGAAGGAGAAGGGUUCUGAGUGCCCUUCGUUCUGCUGAGUGCACGAUGGAGCACUGUAUUCAGUGCACUUAUUCAUUUGUGCAUCAAAUAGGACUGGGCACCCACUGUGUGCCAGGCAUAUGUGAAGAUACAAGUGUUUGUUGAAUGAAUGCGGUGAUACGCUGAGGAGAAAACAGCUCUGUGUCUGACACUGGCUGUCUUCCCCUUCCAUUCAAGCUGCACGGAUUUACUGAGCACCUGCCAUGGGCCAGAUGUGGAGACACUGGAGUCUGGAGUUGAAUCAUCUGCCCUUUCUGUCGAAAACACAUCCUCCGUUUGGGCUGCUUAGAAAGAGACUCAUAAAAGCUGGGGUUUCUUCCUUGACCUCGGAUGUUCAGUUUAUGGAAUAAGCUUCUAAGAUAUAGGGACCCUCAAUGUGUAUCUACCCUCAAUCACUCCCAUAUUUGAGUGUGAAGGUGGGAUGCAGGUGGAGGGGCAAUGGUUAGAACUUCUGAGCCCGUACCCAAUCACAGAUCCCCAAGGACACGUGAUCCCUAGCGAUCCUUCCAUAGCGACAUACUCCGCACUGAGAGAGCAGGACAGCCAUCAGAGUGGCUCCUGACGCAGGGCUGCUCACAGCUCGAGCAGAGGCUCCUAGAAAGCAACGUGCUAUCAUGGCAAGAGAGCUGGACUGAGACCCAAGGUGAAGCCACAGCACCCCUCGUAACCACCUGUGGGACUGUCAGCACAUCGCGUUGCAUCUCUGGGCCUCAGCUUCCCUGUGUGCGAGAUGAGCUGGCUGGGUGAUGUCUAACGUUCUCUCCAGCUCUGACCACCUCUGGUUCCUUGAGGAGAUCCUCAAGGCCAUCGAAGAGGCCUACAGGGAGUGGCAGCCAACUUGCUGGAAUUUCACUCUGGGCUUUUCUCUGACCCCACUGGUAACUUCACCAUUCUCAUCUUCAUCAUCACCAGCAUCACCAUUUUUAUGUAACUGGCCUGGGGAGUGGUUUCCCCAGAGGUUCCCCCCUAUGUGAGUUAGAGGGACCGUUCAUCACACCCACAUAAAGCUGUCAGACAAAUGGGCCCAUAAAUGUAAACAUGUAGACUGUGCUCUGUUGGAUCUCUGCUACCCAGUCGGCCCGCACACCUGCACACUGCUGUCACAAGCACGCCAAAUUGAAUUCAUGGGGGAAACUUGCAUUGAGAAUUGAAUAUAGAAUCAGCCUGCAUCUUGGCUAUCAUCAUUCACAGGCGCCAAGGGAAGUCAAGGUUGAUUGUAUUUCAGGUUGAUUUAUACUUACUAUGGGAUGGUGUGGUCCUUCUGGCUAAGCUCUCCAUUAAUGUCCUGUAUGGCUUCCCAGGAGUGAUGGGGGAGGAGGCCCCAAGUCCUGCAUCAGGCUCUAGGACCUGGUGACUGAGAAAUGAAGCAUCCUCAACUGAAUGUCAGAGAUGGGUCUGAAUAGAUCAUAAUU